AUAUAAGUACCACAACAAGCCAUGGAGGAGGCGCCGCUACUUCACGAGGACAAAUCCUCCAUAUCCCUCGAUACGGCCGUCUUCAUCUUUUCCCUCUUUGACACGGGAGCCUUGUUGUUCCUGCUCGUCUAUUAUGUAAUUACUUUAUCCGAUUUGGAGUGUGAUUACCUGAAUGCUCAACAAUGUUGCUACAGGCUUAACAUAUGGGUGGUACCGAAGAUUGCAGCACACGUGGUGUUGUCUGUUGUGUUUCUCCUGACCGGCCACUAUUACCUUUUUCUGGCUUCCUUACCUCUUGCUGUGUUUCUUGUACGCGAGUACAUGAAGGUGCCAGCAGGAAACUUUGGAGUUUAUGACCCAACAGAGAUUCAUCGCAUGGGACAGUUGAAGAACCACAUGCGGGAUGCUGUCAUUGGUCUUGCAUACUACUUGGUGUUUUUUUUUAUAUAUUUGUAUUGUCUUUUGACUCAUCUACUGCGAUCAAAUCCCAUGCCAAAGCCAGACUAUACAGAUGAUACUGGAUUGUAAUUUAUUUGUGAAAUUUCUAGUCCACCAAUGAAGACAUUUUACUUUGUUUUACUGCAGUAUUAAGUUGAACAGUCUUAUAUAAUCCUAAAUCAUUUAUUACACUUGAAAGUAGACUAUAAACAGUUUUAACGUACAUUACAGUACUGUACUUCAAGUUUGUGUGUAAUAUAAAUGCAUAAUUAUAGUUAUACGAUAAUAUGAUUUUUAUUAGUAGAUGAAAUCAAUUAAAUUUCAUUAUUGAGGGUGAAUAUCAUUAUUGACAUGCUUCUAUCACAUAUAACCAAGGUCCAGUGUCUGGUGCAAAUCCAUACCAACAGAUACUUUGAAUAUUGUGUGAAUUAAUAUUGGCUAAGGCUAACAUUGUUCAGUGAUACAAGAGUGGUAAGGCCGCACGAUUAUUCCUCCUUGUGUUAUGGUGUUUAGCAUCAGUUCUAGUGUCUUUGUUGCAACCCCUGUGAUUACCUUGCAAGUACUGUUCAGUGCUGUGUGUUGUGAUUACACUUUGAUGGUGAAAUAUUGUUUAUUGCUCUUAUUUAAAUCAUUAUGCUCAAAGCUGUGAAUUAAUUCAAGCUGUGUAUUGUUUAAAUAUUGUUUUUACACUUAAGAUUUAGAAAAUUAAAAAAAUACUAAUAGAUGACUUCACUGGUUAUUCAAGAAGAGGUUAUGAAGUGUCAGCUUUUGUAUUGUAAGCAGAUAGUUGUGUAAGUUUAAUCUUUUUAUCUUUGUGGUGUGUUAAUAUUAGAUUAACUUGGAAUAUACAAUGUCUUGCUGUACUUGAAAAUAGAGUAGUGUGUACAGUGCACAAUAUUUAACUAAUAGACCAGUAGCCCCUAUAUAUUGACAGUUUGUCCACAUAAGAAUCUAAUGAUACUGCCUGCCUCUUGGGUCACAAAUAUUUAAAUCUAAAAUAAAUAAUGCUUAAUAACAGCACCAUUUUAAAAUAUAGUCCAAGACCUGAGCAAAUUUUCACCACCUUGCAUCAUCACUACUCUUUACAUAAACCCAACCUAACUUUACCAGAAUAAGUGAUCAGAUGUUUUGUAUAUGGUAUGCACAAUGCGAGUGAUGUCAUAAUUCUAUCCUGGCUCCGGUUUUAGAUUCUACUGCCAUUUUAUGGCAUAGAUAUUUCUGCUAUUUUUAAAAUGAAAGUUAUAAUCUAUUCACAUCGGUGUUAUUAUUAUUAGUACUGAGAAACUUACUACAAUUCUGUAGUGCUUGAAUGAAGGUGAAGGAAAGACCCAAUAUACAGUAUGUGUAAGUGUAUUAUAACCAAAUUUCAGAUGUAAUUUCCAUCCUUUCUCAAGGUGCUGUAUACAAUGUAUUCAGAACAUUGUAUACAGCAUCUUGAGAAAUGAUGUAGGUUACAUCCAAAAAUUUGGUUUUAAUACACUUACACAUACGUAUAUUGGGGUCUUUCCUUCCCCUUUAUUCUUAUUAUAAUAUAAUUAUUAUUGCUGUCAUGUUUGUAACUCUAAACUGAAAUCCUUUUCUUGAAAAAUAACUUCUUUCAAUACAGUGUCUACAUUUAAUAACACAAAAAUGAUUAUAUUGACAUUUAUAUAAAUAAUUUGUACCAUAAGGGGCAUUUCAAGAGGUGAUCUUAUAUUUUAAGUUAAUUUUGAAAGCUUUAAUAUCAUUAAGUGUUUCUUUUAACUGGCAGUAUUAGCUACUGUAUUUCUUGUAACUUUGUGUUGGCAGCUCAUCGUGACAAAAGCUGAGGAAACCUUGAUUGUCUUAAUAUUUAGCCCAGCCUCCUUUUUGGUCCUCAUCGUUACUACAUGUACUACCAAUAGUAAAUGUACUGACGUACAAUGAAAUUAGAACGUAGAAAUCUGAACUACAGUAUUGAGUUGGACAAACCAGAAAACUAUUUUUUUCACUUGUGUUGCUUUGACAAACUAAACUAAUCUAUCUUAACCUCCUUAGGCCUAAUAGUGUAUAUGUGUGUGCUGUACUAGGCCUAGGAAUAUUUAAGUUUGUGUUUUAGCUUCAUUUAUUUUAAAAGAAUUCCUAACUAGGCAGUACACUAUCUAAGAGAUAAGACUGCACGAAUUCUGACUAUUGACGAUAGAUAAGUACUAUCUAAACAGGAGGAUGGGUUGUAAUAUGUUGUAAUUCAGCUAAAAAUCUUUAGUUAAGCAGUAGACUAUUUAUCCUUGCAUAUAAAUUUACUAUACCAGUAUUAAGCAAUUCCUUGUCAUGUUUGAUGAUUUUUACUAAGUUAUUAUUAAAAUUUGACAUGGGUUUUCAAUAUUUUACCACCCAGUAUCAUGUGAGAGUACUGUAUUGUUAUUAAUGUAUUUCCAAAUUCAUCAUGGAUGGAUUUUGUUCUCACUUAGUGGAAGCAAACCAAUGAGUUAAAUAUAUAUGGUGGUACCAAGUUGAAGUAGAGUGCACAACUGUAUGUAUUAACUAUGUCUGAAAAAGCAGAUGUAGAUAACAAACCCUGCAACACUAAAUCAAGCAUUCUUAGAUUAAGCUGAACAAAGACAAGGUAGAAAUUUCAGCCAGCUAACAAAUUAUCAGUUUGACAUAAAUGUUUGUGUAUUGUACCAAACAUAGUACAGUGGUAACGCUAAAAAGAUUAAGGUUCGGUAAUCAGACAGUACAUUUGAAACUAUUGAAUUCUAAAUUAGAUGUCAAAUUAAAGUAAAUUUAAUGUGCACAAUGAAUUAUUUAAUAUUGCAUAGAAUUUUUUGUAGAUUGUCAUUUUGGAGAAAGUCUUUCAAUAACACUGCUAGGUGCUAACUUUCAUUUCUCUUGAUUUUAGUCCUCAAAGUACUGCAAUUCUUUGAAUUACAUGAUGUGUAGACUAAAAACUUUUGGUUAAAACAUUUUGGGAUUAUUAAAACACCAGAUAAAUAUUUUAUUGUGUUUCUCAGCGACGACCACCUAGCUUACCAUUUGUAAGAAUAUAAUGUUACUUCAGAUCAUGUAAUAAUGUACUGUAUAGUUGUAAUAAUGUAUAGUAUGAAGUUGGCUGCAAUAUUGUCGUCUUCCUUCCCUCCCUCAAGCUGUUAGUGCAAAGCAUACCUAGUACUGUAUUCAUUGAUACAGCAUAAAGUGUACAAGCCUUUAUAAAGUCUGUAUAGGUAUUCUACAAUUAUUUUUUUAUAGUAGUUAAUAAUACUUUAAAAGCUUAUUUAUAAACGACUGUAUUUUUUUUUUAAUAUAGUUAAAAGUUAUGGAAUGAUAAUGCAAAUUUAUUUUUAUGAAGUAGGCUACAACUGCACAAUUUGAUUUAGCAUUUACAAAAUGUAACUAUUCUCAAUUGAAUUUGAGCAGUAACCAGUGUUAAACACUGGAAGUGUCAAAGUUACUGUAAAUUUAGUCAUUUUUAACCUGAACUAACUUUUCAAGCCUUCUUAUGGUUUAAGAUGACACUAAUCAGUUUGCCUUGUGCAGUAGUGCUAUACUGUUUGGCCAUAUUGACUUGGUACUUUCUUUUGAUAAUUAAUUUUGCAUAUACAGUAGCAUGAGUGUCUUAAUUUUGACUGUACUGUACAGUAUUACAAAGUUUUAUUUUAAACCCACAAUGGUGUAAUAGGAAGCACAAAUUGCAGACUACAAUGGUAAGUUAAAUACAUUAGUCCUUCUCUUAGUGUUUGCUACAAGAACAUUGUCAAGAACUAAAAUAGGUUUAUACUUUACUACAUGGUAUUGUACUGUAUUCUUAGAAAAUCCAAAUUAAUCACUUAAGAAAAUCAGCAGAGUUGUCGAGCAUGUUCCCUAGAUUAAAUGUUCAGAACAAUCAGGGGCUCGAUUAACAGGGAGGUUGGAGGGGAUGAGUGUCGAACCUCCCCUCCUCACUUCAAACUUACAAUCGCCCCCUAGCUAUGACACAUUACAGUAGUUAGAGGGUGUAAGAGAACUGUAGCAGGGAGAGACGACUCCUGUUUAACAAUGAGAAAAUAAGUUUUAAGGCAGAGUAUACUAUUAAAACAGUGAAUCGAUUCAGUAUUUUUUCCUAUACCAAAAUCAAACUCCUCAUGUCAUAGAUAUCUUCAAUUCUGCUCACGUUUUAUAACCUGCCAUAUUAAUUUUUUUUAUUACAGGUAUGUACUGUAUUUAGUUUUAGUACAUUUUAAAUACAAAUAGUUUAGUUUUUAGACCUCCAAGCUGCAAGUUUCUUGUAAUAAAUUUGGUUGAACAAUUUUUAUAGCUAUGCAAAACAAAUUCAUUCUGUAAUUUUUAUUACAUUGCACUGUGUGUGAUUAUGAGGGUUUCUUUGUAAACUUGACAAUUAUCUUUUUUUCUCACCAAGUAAGUGACUUCGUUAUUCUUGUGACCUAGUUUGGCUAAGAACUUCCCAUGCCCAUUUUGUACUGGAAGAUGGCUAUGGAAAUAUUUUAAGACAUUUGAAUUUAUUCCAUACAUGGUUGUUCCCUCUGUCUUGCUGUCUUUUAAAUAGUACAUCUCACAAAAUUAUAGUAAAUUUAUGGUCCUUGUUG